GCAAGAUCAUGUGCGCCUGCACGACGCUGGACUGCUACGCGGAAAAACGCCGCGUCUGCGAGGCGGAGUACUUCUGCUACGUGGAGAACCUGCACGCGGUGGUCACGCGCGGCUGCAUCAACGACAAGGACCCGCUGCUGUGCGAGAACCGGCGCCCGACGAAGAUCGGUAAACUUGACUACCCGCUUCUGCACUGCUGCAACGACGACGACUACUGCAACCGCGACGUGGUGCCCGUGCGACCGACUGAUGAUCCUCCGAUAACGCCCGUUGUGCACGUUACGUCAUCAAAAGACGAUGACGCCAAUAAUCCGUACGUCAGAUACGAAUACGAGGACAGCGAGAAGGCCAAGACGCCGUGCCCGAGCAGUUCCGACUCGAAAAUGAACCCAAUCUACAUCGCCGUACCCAUCGCCGGCCUCUGCGUACUGCUGGCGUUAAUCAUAUUCGCCAUGUACCUGUUGCGGCGUAGAAACGACAUGUACACGCAGUACGACGCCUUUAGAUAUCAGGAACAUUUGGCCAAAAUGGCGGCGAAGCAAAACGCGGGGAAAAAUACUCAAACUUGUGAGGUAUCAAACCGUUGUACGGACAGCGAACGCUCCUCUCAAGGGAGUGAAACUAAGUUUUUCUUGAACGCUUGAGAUUCGGGCUUAGUUCUAGUUUGGUUUUUAAAUUCAUAAAUGCUCACGAGAGGCGUUAUUCGUCGUGCUGUGUCACGAAUGAACUCUGUUGGUGGUGGUGGUGGAAAAUUAAAAAAUGACGUUUCGUGACGUCAUACCUACGUUGUGACGUCAUGGCGUCAUUUGUUUAUGCAGCGGUGGUGGGAUAGCUUAUUCAUUGCCAUUUCACAAAUUACAUGACAAUGGUACGGGACAGAACCAUGCGGUAGUUGCAAUGACGUAGUGCAUAGAACGGGGUUAGGAACGAACGACAGGACGUCUAACGCGUAUAAACGCCGCGCAACAGAAAACGUCAAAAGUAAUGCUUCGGCGUCCAUCUAGGAAGCAUGUUGAGGCACGUACUGUAUGUGUAAGGGAACUGUGCCUAUUCACGCGUUUGUGCUAUUUGAGCAGAACUGGACUUUGUGAUACAUGGAAGAGUGCUAAGUUAUGAGGGACAUAAACAAAUGUCUCUAAAAAUCAUUACGGAAAAAACGGACGGCUCCUUUAAACUACGGUUACUUCAGGGUUGUCUAAGAUUAAUCUCAAAUAGUAAAUGCUGCGCAAGAAUGCAUACACAUUUGCAAAUUUUGCUGUUAAUGUACCUUUAUAUUAUAUUUGGGGAUUGCUCUGUGAAAAGGGGGUUUAAUGCAUUCCCGCUUUAAUGGUAUGUUUAAAGAAAGUCGGUUCUAAGCAAAAAUCCAGUUUUAGCGGAAAGUGUCGUCCCUGAUAAGCAUCUACGGAAUGCACAGGCUAAUCAGGGACAACACUUCACGCAAUGCAUUAAACCCCCUUUUCACAUAGCACGGCCCAUUUGUAUAAAAUUCCGCCUUAUUGUGAUGAUGAACAUUUUAGUUAUUGGAAAAACAAGCUUCAUUUGUGUAAGCCUUGUAGUUUACGGUUCUUAAAACAGUGUUAUUCGGUUAAAUGUAUGAACUGGUCACUUUUUGUUUAUACGGCGACAUUCAAAAUCGACCAAUGAAACUUGUUUGGUUUAAUGUCAUCAACGUAAAUGCUACAGUGCACAGGGUCGUUUUGCUAAGAUUAAUAUUAUACGGGACAAUUUUUUAAAGAUAUUUAAAUAUUCAGAAUAUAAAUAUGUAUAUCUUUUACUUCGGAGCAAGAGCUUUCAAUAAAAGACUUUCGGAUGGAAACAACAAUUUGUCUUCCGAUAAUGUUUCUAGAGUGUGUCUUUUCCUACAUUGAUCUUAUCGUAUGAUCGCAACGUCCGCGCAGAGAUUUGACGGGAACCAGCAUAGCUGAAUCAAAUCCCUGCCUUCAUAACCAACCACAUGAUGAUAGCCUAGCCACGUAGCACAAGAAUUUUACCGUUGUUAUUUUUACUUUUUUUUUAAAUUCAGGUACAUGUUAUUAUUUUUCUUAUUACAAACCUAAACUUAUGCACUAUUUUCAAAUUGUAAAAUAAAAUGAUACUAUUUUUCAUAAUAUAAUACUUAAACCAAUAAAAUAAAAUCCUACCAAAUCUGGUAGGAUUGUCUUGAGAUGGCAGAGAUUGUAUGUUAGAGCAAGGAAAGACGACUCAGCGUGAAGAUUGGUAUGAUCGCUGAAAAAGCGGGUACCAAGGUGCUCCUGGGCCCGUAUUAACCAAACUGUUCUUAGAUUUAAGUCUAAGAAUAAAGAAUAUGCUUUACAUUGAUAUAUUUAAUAAUUGCUUGAAUUGUUAGUAAAACUUGUUAUUAAACACAUCUAUCUUUAUCAUUCUUCAUGUUGAACAUUUUGUCAAUGACAUAAUUACCAGUGGAUGCAUGUAUAUAUUCAAACACUGAAUGCAUUUAUUUGGUUCCAGGUCUGGUCUUUAUUCUUAAGUCUAAGCAUGGGUUGGUGAAUGCGGCUGGUAGUUUCAAAAUUUCACGCUGACACUGUUUGAUUGGUCGAUUUUGUUUUACAUAAGUUGAAUCAUGCACGACAUAUUUACAUUUGGUGUUUAUAAAGAAACGACAUAUUUCUCUAAAAGUUGAAUUUAAAAACUAUAUAUUAUAGAAUAUAUCCAAACGUAUUUCUCCUUCGCCUGUUUGUAAUUGUUUUGAUAUUUAUUUCGCGUUUUUAGUAAAAUUGUAUCAGGGUAAUAGAUGUCUUGUUUUUGUAAAACAAAUAUACUGAUGGUAUUUUGUAUUUGCACGUGUAAUGAACUGAUCAAGAGUCUGAAUAUGGUUAAUUCUCGCAGGUUAUUAUAUAUUCAUAUAAAAGAUUAUAUGUGUAUGGUCAAUUCUCGCAGGUUAUAUAAAUUCAUAAUAAAGAUAAUAUGUGAAACAUGUUAUUUUUACACAUUCAAAAACCGUGAAUGCUUAUUUAACAGUUUCAGUGCUGGAACCGACUUUUGAAGGCUUUUGCAAACAGUUUGGAUUCAGAUGAGACGCCACAGAACGUGGCGUCUCAUCAGGAUCCAAACUGUUUGCUAUUCUGAUAGUAUUCUUUGAAAAAAAUCGAAGAAAAUCCUAAUUUUAGAAAUUCAGCAGACGACAUUUUAGCAGACGACAAAUUACCCAGCAUGCAAAGGGUUAAUAUCUCAUCGGUUAUGAAUUGGACGUCUUUGAGGAUAGAUUCUAUUACACACAUGUAUACACUCAGGGAAUGCAAUAUUUGUUGUAAAUACCAUACGUCUCAUCUUUUAUAAACAUGCACUUGUAUAAUUGUAUAAUAUACGAUUGAAAGCAUUAUGACUUUGAUUGAUUUUUUGUUUAAUGUUUAUGUAUAUUUCUUAUAUCAUAAUUAGUUCUGUCUUUUAAAAAAAUGCGUUUUUUCUUCUCAUUUUAGCUCACCUUAGCACAACCUGCUCAUGGUGAGCUUUUGUUAUCGCCUUUUGUCCGUCGUCUGUCGUGCGUCGUCAAAUUUUUCCUUGUAAACGCUAUAGAGGCCAUUGUAAGAUCGUGUUAAAUCUUAAGAAGUCACAUUUGUUGUCCAAUGUUCAUGAAACUUGGUCAGAAUAUUUGUUCUAAUAUUAUCUUGGAUGACUUGGAAAAUGGCUCUGAUCUGUUGAAA